CGCAGAGCGCGGGCCGGGCACCGGGGGACUCCGUGCGGGGUCCGGUCCCGGAAGGCCGUGGCUUAAGGCGCGGGGCCGCGGGAGGCCCGGGCGCGCAUUGGCGGCAGGCAGGCGGGCGAGCCCACGGCACGGCACCCCCCGCGCCCCCGCCCCCGCUCUGCGGAGAAUGGGCACCUCGGGCCGCGGGGCGCAGCCGGAGAAUAAACCCCAAUGAUCACGGGCUGAGUCCGCGCCGCCACCAUGUCCGUGGCCUUCGCGUCGGCGCGGCCGAGAGGCAAAGGGGAGGUUACACAACAGACCAUCCAGAAGAUGCUGGAUGAGAAUCACCAUCUGAUCCAGUGCAUCCUGGACUACCAGAGCAAGGGCAAGACGGCCGAGUGCACCCAGUACCAGCAGAUCCUGCACCGGAACCUGGUCUACCUGGCAACCAUAGCAGACUCAAACCAGAAUAUGCAGUCACUCCUUCCCGCGCCACCAACACAGAACAUGAACCUGGGCCCCGGAGCACUGAGUCAGAGCGGUUCCAGCCAGGGCCUGCAUCCCCAGGGCAGCCUCAGCGAUGCCAUCAGCACAGGCCUGCCCCCUGCUUCCCUUAUGCAGGGCCAGAUCGGUAACGGUCCAAACCAUGUGUCCAUGCAGCAGACGGCUCAGAGCACACUGCCCACAACCUCCAUGAGCAUGUCAGGCAGUGGCCAUGGGACUGGGCCUGGCUACAGCCACUCGGGACCCACCUCGCAGAGUGUCCCCAUGCAAGGGCAAGGUGCUAUCAGCAACUAUGUGUCUCGGACCAACAUCAACAUGCAGUCGAACCCAGUCUCCAUGAUGCACCAGCAGGCAGCCACAUCUCACUACAACUCAGCACAGGGCGGGAGCCAGCAUUACCAGGGCCAGGCGCCCAUUGCCAUGAUGGGCCAGGGUGGCCAAGGGAGCAGCAUGAUGGGACAGCGGCCCAUGGCACCCUACCGACCCUCCCAGCAAGGCUCUUCCCAGCAGUACCUCGGCCAGGAGGAGUACUACAGCGAACAGUAUAGCCACAGCCAGGGAGCUGCAGAGCCCAUGAGUCAGCAGUACUACCCAGACGGCCACGGUGACUACGCCUACCAGCAAUCGUCUUAUACAGAGCAGAGCUACGACCGCUCGUUUGAGGAUUCCACACAGCACUACUAUGAGGGGGGAAACUCCCAGUACAGUCAGCAGCAGACUGGUUACCAGCAGGGCUCAGCGCAGCAGCAGACAUACUCCCAGCAGCAGUACCCCAACCAACAGAGCUACCCCGGACAGCAGCAGGGCUAUGGCCCUGCCCAGGGAGCUCCCUCACAGUACUCAGGCUACCAGCAAGGACAAGGCCAGCAGUAUGGAAGCUACAGAGCGUCGCAGACAGGACCUUCUGCCCAGCAGCAGCGACCUUACGGCUAUGAGCAGGGCCAGUAUGGAAAUUACCAGCAAUAAGGGACGAGCGUUGUCUUUGGACCCUUCACAGCAGUACGUUCUGGACAAGCCAGUGGCAGUUCUGAUGAGUCAUGACAUGUUGGUUACCCUGCGCCCAGUGCCAUGUCUGCAUGUGACGCAGGCUGAUUCCAUGCUGGGUAUGAUGCUAAGCGUGCACUACUGGCUGCGAUGGUGUGACAUAUUUGGUGCUGUGUAAAGUAUUGUAUAGCGAUACAAUGGAGAGGUUGUCCUGUUUUUGUCCCUCACCCCCUCCUCAAUGUUCUUAGCUAGCUCUGGGGGUCAUGCUGUCAUCACACGUUCUGUGCCCAGUGAUGAGACAAUAUCUAAAAGGUACCAUGAUCCAUGUUACUGUGAACAGACCGGUGUGCUCCUCACACCAUUGUUGCAAAGUGGACUGUAAGUGUUUCUUUACUUGACUGCCCUUAGCUUGACACACAUACAACCCUGGGUGGCCAUCUCUCCCUGUGCCUAGAUAGGACUUGGGGAUACCACCUGCGUCUUGGGCUAGUUUUGUGUGUCCUUGUAACAAAGAAACUGUGCUUCGUGUGGAAAGACAGUGAGCUAUCCUUUCUAGAACUUGCCCAUUGCCUGUGUCUCUCCACUCCUAUGUCUUUAAACAAUGAAGAGGGAUCAGUGUCCUUGAGGGCAGUGUGAGGGUGACCUGUCCGAGGGAGGGCAGUGUUCUGAAGAGCAAGGCUCACUGUCUACCGGUUGUGUUGUUUAUUUAAUGUCAUUUCAAGAGUGUGCCCUGUCCUAAACUUGGGGAGAAUUCAAAGCACUGACGCUAAAUUUUACAAGAAGUUGGCAAGAGUUUGUAACUUCUUCAGGACCUCAAAGUUCAGAUGGCCAAGCAAGUAGAAAUCUGAAAUCCACACCGUAUAUUUAACGAGUCUAAAUAGUUUUAUUAACAUUCUUUUAAAUGAAAAGUACACAUUUUAUAUAGUGAAAUUUGAGUGAUUUUCCUUUUUCUUUUUUUCUUUACAUCCGUAGGAUGUUCAAUCUCAUUUUAAUUCUGUGCAAAACAUGAGAAACGGCCUUUUUGGAAAGUUAUGGUCAAAGGAAAAUACCACAUAUAAUGUAGCACUGGCAUCUCUCAGCCUUUAUUUGGAUAAUAAUCAUGUUACUAUGAAAAGGGGAAAAACCUUCAAGAUAAGUGCUAGUGUAUUCCUAAGAACUACCAAGAAGAUACAAAUACACACACACACACACACACACACA